AUGCGUCUUCGGCGCGGGGUAAACAAGAUGGCGGCCCGAUUGAGGAGUGCGUUUCGAAACGUAAACCGUAUAAACAACAUGUUUUUACCGCAGUUUGAAAAUUUAAAGCAAAGAAAACUCGGCAGGUCAGCUUACAAUGUCUUCACAGAUUACAAGCUGGUAUUUAAAGAACUGUACCAGAAUAUGAAGGCAAAACCCUUCCGUUCAGCUUGCACCUUAGCAUCUCUCGGAGGACUUUACUACAUUUACGAACAGAACCCAGAUGUGAAUUCUUAUGAAGAUGCUGUGCUAGAAUGCUCCAAUGAACUGUUGCAGAUCAGCCAUUUGAUAAGGAAUCCAAAUUCGGACAGUUACGUGCAGAAUAUUCUGAAAUAUCGCAAUCAGGAAAGGUUGCAAAUACAGACUUUUGGAUUUUUGUCUCUCGUGUAUGUGACUGAGUUUGGACCUGGCUGUGAUUUGUACGAAAAACAUUGUGAAUAUGUACAGCCAAGAUGGAAGACAUUCCCUGAACGUGUGAUCGACGUUGGAAUUCUAGGACAUUGGUUCUUUCUGGAAAGAGCAAUGAAAGAUUAUGAUGUGAAUGAAGCUGAGCUUGCGAACUGUCCACCGGAUACUGAGUAGAAACCACGCAGUCGCGCAACUCAUGGCUGAAUCAUCACGCAACGCUUCCUUCUUGCGUUAUGAGGCAACUUUAACGAUGUUUGGCUAAAGAGACCAGAAACUGAGUUAGUAAAAUGGUGACAUUCAAUAAUAAAAUGUUGAGAUGGAAAUGUUUAAAUUGCAAAU